AUGACUCCUGCUUUCUUCCUGGCUAUCCUGUGCUUGGAAGUGGCUUCAGGUGUCCUAGCCCUUGAUCCCAGGUUGGAUGUUGAAUGGCAAGAAUGGAAGAUGAAAUAUGAAAAAUCAUACAGCAUGGAGGAAGAAGAACUAAAGAGAUCAAUAUGGGAAAAAAACAUGGAAAUGAUCAAACGUCACAAUUGGGAAAACAGCUUGGGUAAGAAUGGCUUCACCAUGGAAAUGAAUGGCUUUGGUGACAUGACUGUGGAAGAAUUCAGGAAAAAAAUGAAUAAUAUUCCAGUCCGGGCUCAUAGGAAGGGGAAAAGCAUCAGGAAGCGUGAAGUUGGUGGUGUUCUCCCCAAAUUUGUGGAUUGGAGAAAGAAAGGCUAUGUGACUCCUGUGCAGGACCAGGAAUAUUGUAAUUCUUGUUGGGCUUUUGCUGUGACUGGUGCCAUAGAAGGACAGAUGUUCAAAAAAACUGGCAACCUCACCCGUCUGAGUGUUCAGAACCUAGUGGACUGUUCUAAACCACAUGGCAAUAAUGGCUGUGAUUGGGGUGAUCCGUACAUUGGCUAUGAGUAUGUUUUGCACAACGGAGGUGUGGAGGCUGAGGCAACCUAUCCAUAUGAAGGAAGAGAAGGACCAUGCAGGUAUGAUCCAAAGAAUUCUGCUGCUAAAAUCACAGGAUUUGUAUCCCUCCCACAAAAUGAGGAUAGUCUAAUGGCUGCUGUAGCAACUAUUGGGCCCAUCUCUGCUGGAGUUCAUAUUGCCUCUAAUUUGUUCACUUUCUACAAGAGAGGUAUUCUUCAUGACAAAAAAUGCAGCAACACAACAGUGAAUCAUGUGGUUCUGGUUGUUGGUUAUGGAUACGAGGGAGAAGAAACUAAUGGCACAAAAUACUGGCUGGUCAAAAACAGCUGGGGUGACGAAUGGGGCAUUCAGGGAUACAUGAAGAUUUCCAAAGACCGGAACAACCACUGUGCAAUUGCUUCAUAUGCUGACUAUCCCAUCGUGUGAGCAGCCUGAUGGUGACAAGGAAGUACUUGGCAGGUGACGGCAUUUCCUGAAUAAUGCCAUCUG